UCACCAGUCCUCCAGGCACAGCCCAGCAAGCUCAUCUCCUCCUGGGAGGAAGUUAGGCUUGCCUUCUGCAGUUUAGCUGUUAUUGAGGUCAAAGGGCAAGUGGGACUGGCUUCUCCUCCCUAUCGCUUUCUGUUCUUUUUAUUGACAGAGGCACCUGGACUUAGCUUCCCAUUGUUGAAACUGCCAUCGUUGCUGUGGCAGCACUUGCAAACAUUCUCUCUAGGAACUUUGAGACAAAGCUGCUGAGAGACUGCAAAGACUCCUCUGCUGCUGGUUCAAUUCUGCUGCUGCUAGAAUCUGCUCAUCUAGGCAAAAUAAAAUGGAUAACAAAAAAAGGCACCUAAGCCAGAGGGUGAAGGGUGUGGAGAGUCCUAACACAGCCAAAACAAAGAAACCGGAGGCUCCAGAACCCAAGAAUGUUACAGAGCCAAAAGACAGUAGGACCAUGCCAGAACCAAAAAAGUCUGUGACAGAUCAGAAAGAGAAGAAGAGAAUGUCCAUCAGUACAGAUCCGAAGGAAAAAAGGCGUAUGAGUGACCCAAAAUUAACCAUGCCAGAACCAAAAAAGCCUGUGACAGAUCAGAAAGAGAAGAAGAGAAUGUCCAUCAGUACAGAUCCAAAGGAAAAAAGGCAUUUGAGUGACCCAAAAGUGUCCGUGCCAGAACUAAAAAAGCCUGUGACAGAUCAGAAAGAGAAGAAGAGAAUGUCCAUCAGUACAGAUCCAAAGGACAAAAGGCAUUUGAGUGACCCAAAAGUGGCCGUGCCAGAACUGAAAAAGUCUGUGACAGAUCAGAAAGAGAAGAAGAGAGCGUCCAUCAGUACAGAUCCGAAGGAAAAAAGGCAUUUGAGUGACCCAAAAGUGACUGUGCCAGAACUGAAAAAGUCUGAGACAGAUCAGAAAGAGAAGAAGAGAGCGUCCCUCAUUAUAGAUCCGAAGGAAAAAAGGCAUUUGAGUGACCCAAAAGUGACCGUGCCAGAACCGAAAAAGUCUGUGACAGAUCACAAAGGGAAGAAGACAAUGUCCCUCAUUACAGAUUCAAAGGACAAAAGGCGUUUGAGUGACCCAAAAGUGAACAUGCCAGAACCGAAAAAGUCUAUAACAGAUCACACAGGGAAGAAGACAAUGUCCCUCAUUACAGAUUCGAAAGACAAAAGGCAUUUGAGUGACCCAAAAGUGACCAUGCCAGAACCAAAAAAGCCUCUGACAGAUCAGAGAGGGAAGAAGACAAUGUCCCUCAUUACAGAUCUGAAGGAAAAAAGGCAUUUGAGUGACCCAAAAGGGACCAUGCCAGAGCCAAAAAAGCCUCUGACAGAUCUGAAAGAGAAAAAGACAUUGUCCCUUAUUACAGAUCUGAAGGAAAAAAGGCGUUUGAGUGACUCAAAAGGGACCAUGCCAGAACCGAAAAAGCCUCUGACAGAUCUGAAAGAGAAGAAGACAAUGUCCCUCAUUACAGAUCAGAAGGACAAAAGGCAUAUGAUUGAGCCAAAAGAUAAGAAAACUGUGACAGUCUCAGAACCCAAAAUCAAGAAGCCUGGAGUAGACACAAAAAAGAGGAUGGUGACAUUUUUGACAGAAAUAAAAGACAAGAUGAUUGUGGUAGACACAAGAGAAAACAAGAUUGCAUUCUUAGAUACAAAACAAAAGGUGAUUGUGCCAUUUGUGCCAGAAGCCAAAGAGAAGAAGCCUGUGCAGUUGAUAAAAUCAAAAGAGAAAAUGCCUGAGCCAUUUUUGUCAGUUUUACCGGUUGAGCCAAUUGUACCAGUUGGGGCACUUGGACCAGUUGGGCCAAUUGUGCCAAUUGCAGCAGUUGGGCCAAUUGUGCCAAUUGCACCAGUUGUACCAAUUGUGCCAGUUGCACCAACUGCACCAGUUGCAUCAGUUGCACAAGUUGUGCCAGAAAUAGAAGAGAAGAUCUCAGUGCCAGGAGUGAAAGACAAGAAGGAACUGCCAACUAUGCCCCAGAUAAAGGACACUAAGGCUUUGCCAGCUGAACCAAAGAUAAAAGAAAAGGUUGUGACUAAGACAAAAGAGAAGGCAGCCAUGACAGAAACAAAAGAGAAGAAAACUGUGUCAAGGAUAAAAAAGAAAAAGUCUUUGGUAGGAGGAAAAAAAGCCGAUAGGAUAAAUGAGAUAGCUCGGAGUGUGGUUCAGGGCGUUCUGGCUGCUGCUGUUGAGCUUGUGGAAGGUUCCAGAGACCCCAUCAAGAACAUCGACUGGCUCACUCAUGGGGAAUUCACAGUAGAAAAAGGUCGGCAACAAAUUGAAAUGUUUGUCUCGAGUUGGGACUUUCAAAACCGCUGGGUGUUCCAUGCAGAUUUUGUAGAGAAGAAAGACUUCACUCACUCCUUUCACUAUAUCUACCGUGUAUGCUGGAGUGCACCCACUGCUGUGAAACCCAUGGCACAGUUCAGUGCCAACGCCUACUUCACCAUCAAGUUCAACAAAAGCAAAUCUCCGGAAAUAGUCACUUAAUGAAACAGAACACCAAAAUAUAAUCCUAGUAGUAAGAAAGAAGGAAAAGUGUGAAUCAUGGAAAUUGACUCAAUGCCAAGAAAAUACCUGCUA